AUGUCGUCUCAACUGCCCAACAUCGACGACCAGCUCGUCACGCCCACCAACCCGGCACGGGAAGACCUCGAUGGCAUGGACCACGCGCGAUGCGCUGCUCUCCAUAACUACCUCAUCGACUACUGUCUCGCGGCUGAUGGCCGGCUCAACGAAGCUGGCGAGGGCAACCAGGCCAUCUACUUCAGCACAUUCGGUGAGGCGGCCGAGGCCGUCCGCCAGCGGCUCCAUCCCUCGGUGGCCGACUUCCUCACCGCGGCACGCACUCCCGAUGCGCCGCUCUUCUACUUUGUCGACGGCAUGCCCGGCCCUGACUGGGGCAACUUCAACGGCCUCUUCGCCAACGAGACGGCUGACCUCGAGGACGAACCCGAGGACUCCAUCGUGCGCCUCUACUACUCCCACCCGGACGCCUGCGGCGGCAAGUCGGGCGGCGGCAUGCUCUACCACCAGCGCCGCCACCUCGCCUGCUUCUUUGUACACCCAGACGACACCGAGUGUGCGUUCCCGGUGGACGAUCAUCCGCAGUGCUGGCAUCACCUGGAAACGAUCCUCUCCCAUUGGAUAGCGCUGAUCCGCCUCGGCAAGGUCGUCGCCUCUCCCAACAACGAAGAGCCGGGGCUAUACGGCAGUCUCAAGAUCGGGAACUGGGAGUGGCGGCCGUAUGGCGAGGGUCAGGUAGCCGGCCACGCGGGCGCGCCGCCGGUCGACGUCUCCGGCUGGCGGUUGCCCUCGUUCCGCGGCCGCUGGGACGACGGAUCGGAACACGGCGUCGCGUUCCCGUCGCGUGUGCCGCCGGGGGUCUACACCGAGUGCGUCAACCGCUCCGAGCCCGAGGCGACUGAGGAGGGAUUCCGGAUGUUGCUGCCUUUUGGUCUGUACGGCGCGCGUCUGACCAGUGGUGGUGGGGUUCGGAAUAUGGCGGCCGAUGAGCUGUUUCAGCAUGGGUUCAAGCCGUUUGGGGGGGACCCGAACCGGCCCCAGCGCCUGGAGCGUUUGUUAGGCCAUUGGGCGGACUUGGUUGAGCGGGGGGUCUGGGCUGUCGGGCCAUAUGGUGUGGAGGGCUCGAUCGAGGUGUUUAGGGAUGCAGCGAAAUUGAAAAGCUCAAACCGACUGGUUGUCAAUGGAUUGAAGCCACGUGACAAAUCGACCAUUGGGGUAUGCAGGAGUGCAGGAGCGCAGCAUCGCCGUGACUCAGCUCAGCAUGCCUAUGGGGCCCGUACCUCCAACUCGACAACCGGCUCAUUAUUUGGGCCGACCACUGGCUCAAUAUUUGGAUCGACAACCACCUCAUUAUUUGGACCGAGGGCAGCAACUGCACACUCUGUUGCCCAGACAACACCAUUGCCGGCAGCUUCUGAAAAUGCCGCCCCAGCGACCCAGACAGCCACAGCCCGCGAUACGGCCGAAUUUGAUAUGAUGGAUGCGAUUGAUACGAUCGAGACCUCUGAAAUUCUCAUAGAUGCUCUAAAAGGGCUCUAUACUAGCGGGGAGUACUCGGAUCUUGUCAUCUCCUGCCAAGGAAAAGAAUACAAGGUGCAUAGGGCCGUCGUAUGCACCCAGUCCGACUUCUUCUCGGCAGCUUGCCGCGGAAGCUUCAAGGAGGCACAAGAAGGAAAGAUCGACCUCCCAGAUGAUAAUCCUCGCCUUGUCCACAUCAUGGUACAUUAUCUGUACCACUUCAACUAUGACCCAGGAAUGGACGGACACGAAACCGACGUCGAGAACCCAGCAGAGGGGCCCCUUUACACUCAUGCGCGGGUUUACGCCUUGGCAGAGAAGUACCUGAUCCACGGGCUGAAGGCUGUCGCACUUCGACAAUUCAAGACAGCUACUGCGAGCUCCGUCGACAUCACUGAUUUCCUUCAGGCCAUGGAGGAGGUGUAUAUGUCUACUGUGGAGGAUGACAGAGGCUUAAGGGAUGUUGUCGUGGAGGCCAUUUGCAAGCACCCCGAUUGGCUAGACAAGGAGGAGGUACGAGAUGUGCUUGGGAAGCUGGGAAGUUUGACGUAUGAUAUGGUUAUACACAUGCGCGAAAACGGCCUUUUCAGGCUUUUCUAA